CUCACUUUCUGUAGGAUGACGUGUCAUCUGCCGACGUGCACGGGAAGCAACAGACAUUGCCAGUUAACAAGAGCCGAUUUUCUAUCUCUGGUGUGAUUUUUAAUCACGUUUGAUAAAUAUUACAGGUAAAGUGAGACUGAUAGACAGCUUUGACGCCAGUGAUUCACCAUGAGGCGCGCAGGCUUGGGCGACGGAGGACCUGGAAACUAUGUAGCAAGUGGAUACAGUGUGUAUGAAGAGGAAAAUGAACACUUACAGGAGGGACUGAGAGCCAAAGUCAGCGCUUUGAAAAGUUUGUCCAUCGACAUAGGAACGGAAGUGAAGUACCAAAAUAAAAUGUUGGAUGAUAUGGACAGUGACUUUGAUUCAACAGGCGGGCUGCUCGGCGCCACCAUUGGCCGGGUCAAGCAGCUGUCCAGAGGCAGUCAGACGAAACUGUUGUGCUACAUGCUGCUCUUCUGCUUUUUUGUCUUCUUCGUACUCUACUGGUUCCUCAAGUUGAGGGGAUAGCAGGAUCUCGGUGGACUUUGAACCAAGCGCUUUCUUGCUCGGAAUGACUCAAGCAGAUAAAAAAAAAAAUAAAGGCUAAACGGUCUUAUGUAUUUCACAUCUCCAAAAAUACACUGCUGAUGUAAGCAAAUUUAUAUUGGUGUGCAGGGACUUAUGUGAUGAGACUUAGCAGUGUAACAUGGAAGAUAACAUGAUUACAAGUUGAGAAAUGCCAUAGUUGACAAAAUAAAGUAAUGACAGCUGAGUGUGUAUUAUAAUCAGUGUAUUAUGCAAACGACACUGAGUUACAGAAUCCCCUCUGAGAGACAUCGUUUAGAUUAAUUGCUCUCAGGAAUUAAUAAGCAUAUUAUAGAGUAUGCCAACUGUACAAAAUACCAGCAUGCAACAUUGUGAUUUCUACAGUACAUUGUUACAUGUUUUCAAUGUAAAUAAACAUUUUAUGAUCUUUA